AUCACAAUAUUAUUUUAUUUUAUUUAGAUUUUAGACAAAUUGUUUAUGCUGUUUUUAAUAUCGAAUAUUCUGUUAAACCAAAUUGUCUAUGUUCAUUUAUUAACGUUCUGUGCACAAGUUUCUAUUCGAGGCAAUAGGCCUGAGGAAUGAUAGCAAAAGUAUAACGCCAUGGCGCAGUCUGACCAGUGGAAGGUCUUGGUAAAAAACUUUCCGUGUCUCUAUGACACAAAUAACCCUCAUUUCUUGAAUGAGGAGUUGAAGGCGCGCUGUCUUGAACAGCUUUUAGAGAUGUGCAACAAAGAAGGUGACCAAAUGGACAUGGAAACACUGAAGCAAAGGGUGUCCGGGCUUAUAACAACCUCGAGUAUGCGACAGUUGGUUGUAGCCAAUAAUGCGAAAUCAGACCGAUUUCUGGAAAUGGCCCAAGAGUUCCCAUCUCUGUGGGACCCUCGAGACUUGAACUACAGAAAUGGAUAUGUAAGAAGGCUCAGCUAUGAGAAGCUCUUAGAGAAGUACAACAGAGAGUCGCCAGUGAAAAUGACCAUGGAGGAUCUCAGGAAGAAUUUUUACAAUUUGACCAGGCGUUUGACGCAUGCCAGUAAGAUUGGAACCAAUAAUGCAACAAGUUGCCAAUUGCCAGUAACCUCGGAGCCGGUAACAGACCGAUUUCUGGAAAUGGCCCGAGAGUUCCCAUGCCUGUGGGACUGUCGAGACUUGAACUUCAGAAUUCAAAGUGUAAGAAAGCUUAGCUAUAAGCAGUUUUUAGAGAAAUACAACAGGGAGUCGUCAGUGCCACUGACCAUGGAGGAUCUCAAGAGGAGCUUUUACAAUUUGACCAGGCGUAUGAAGCACGAUGUGGCGUAUGCCGGUCAGUUUGGUCGCCCAUCACCCAUAGCGAAAAAAGACCCAAUACUGGAAUUGGCACAAGAGUUCCCAUACUUGUGGGAUAGUCAACACUUAAAUUACAAGGAUGUAAAAUUGAAGAGGCGCGGCUACCAGCAGCUGUUAGAGAAAUAUAACAAAGAGUUAACAUCGAAAAUAACCGUUAAAAGUCUUAAGAAAAAAUUGAAUAAUAUGCAGAAGAGUCUAAAAUCGCAUCAGAAGUCUCGCAAAAAAGUUGGUAUUUUUUUAGGAUAUUUUUUUUUCUGGGCGUUAAAAUUGAGAUUACCUUAA